AUGCGUGUCAACAGCCUGGUCACAACAGUCGGCUGUCUGGCCUCUGCAGUGGCCGGAGUGGCCGUCAACCCUCUCCCCGCACCCCGGUCGAUCGCUUGGGGAACUUCAGGUCCCAUCUCGAUUCCGCAAAACGUCGCUGUAAACCUACCCAGGAAUGCCAUCGUAACCGAUGCCUGGGAACGCGCCUGGAACAGUAUCAAGCAGUUGAAAUGGGUUCCUCAAGCUACGGAAGCUCCGAUCUCUUCAUACCAACCAUUUCCGACCGCAGCACCGACGUCUUCAGCUUCGUCUGUGCCUUCGUCCUCGGCAGCUGCAGGGCUCAGCGACCUCAGUGCGGAUUUGCAGGCUGAAGUGGAUGAGUCGUAUACCUUGGUGCUCAACUCGAAUUCGUCCACUCUCGAGAUUACCGCCAACACAACCUGGGGUGCUCUCCAUGCAUUCACGACUCUGCAGCAGAUUAUUGUUUGGAAUAAUGGUCUGGUCAUCGAACAGCCCGUUCAGAUCGAGGAUUCGCCCUUGUACCCAUGGCGCGGUAUUAUGAUUGACACCGGACGGAACUUUAUCACUGUACCGAAGAUCAAGGAGCAAAUCGACGGCAUGGCCCUGUCGAAACUGAAUAUCUUGCACUGGCAUUUGGAUGAUUCGCAAUCAUGGCCCGUGGAAAUGAGCUCGUACCCGCAAAUGAUCAAAGAUGCUUAUUCGCCUUCCCAGACUUUCUCGCAUGGGGAUCUCAAGGAUGUUAUUGAAUAUGCGCGUGCUCGCGGUGUGCGUGUUGUCCCCGAAGUCGAUAUGCCAGGUCACUCUGCCGCGGGCUGGCAGCAGGUCGAUCCUAGCAUUGUCUCGUGUGCUCAUUCGUGGUGGUCAAAUGAUAACUGGCCCUAUCAUACUGCCGUGGAACCGACACCCGGUCAACUCGACCCUCUCAACAACAAGACCUAUGGUGUUGUCUCGAAGGUGUAUAAUGAGCUUUCGGGCAUCUUCACGGAUCAUUUCUUCCAUGUUGGUGGUGAUGAAUUGCAGACCAACUGCUACAACUUUAGUUCUUAUGUGCAGAACUACCUAGCCGCUGAUCCCAGCCGUACCUACAACGAUGUUACGCAGUACUGGGUUGAUCACGCAUUCCCCAUUUUCAAGAAAAUCGCCAAUCGUAAACUGCUUAUCUGGGAAGAUCUCGUCCUCAACGAUCCCCACGCACCCAACGUGCCAACAGAAGGGUUGUUGGUUCAAUCCUGGAACAACGGACUCGGCAACAUCAACAACCUGACCGAUUUAGGGUAUGAUGUCCUCGUUUCCUCGUCCGAUUUCAUGUACCUCGACUGCGGCUACGGCGGCUUCGUCACCAACGAUCCCCGAUACAACGUGCAAUCCAACCCCGACGCCGCCACAGGACUCGCAAACUUCAACUACGGUGGUAACGGCGGAAGUUGGUGCGCACCUUACAAGACAUGGCAACGUAUCUACGACUACGAUUUCACCACCAACCUCACCGAUGCUCAAGCGGCACAUAUCAAGGGCGCAGUUGCUCCCUUGUGGUCGGAACAGGUUGAUGAUACUGUGGUAUCCGGUAAAAUGUGGCCUCGCGCUGCUGCGCUUGCGGAGUUGGUGUGGUCCGGAAACAAGGAUCCGAAGACCGGCAAGAAGAGGACUACGUUGAUGACGCAGCGAAUCUUAAAUUUUAGAGAGUAUUUGGUUGCGAAUGGCGUGCAGGCUGCGCCUUUGGUGCCCAAGUAUUGUUUGCAGCAUCCUCAUUCUUGCGAUUUGUAUUACGAUCAGACUGCUGUGAAUUGAUCUACUAGAAGAUCUGCGACUUGUUGAUUCGUUUCAUGUAUAUAUCAGGCUGAUCUUUACCUUUUUUUUUUACGAUAUAACAACUUUAUUUGAUUA